AUGGAUAUAUGGUUAAUCGCAGCUACAGCUGCUACGGGAUAUAUAGCUAAGCAACUGCAGAAUAUAAGGAAAGGUAAAGAUAACUUUCUUGAAUCUUCUUCUGAAGAGAAUGUGAAGCCAGAAUCUCCUCCUAGAUGCCUGCUUAGCAGCUUGGGGAAUGAUAACAAGUUUGGGGAUGAGAAAAUGAUUUCAGACGGGGAAAAUCGAGUGGAUGUACCAUCAACGAGUGGGGAGUAUUCUGGAAAUUAUGAAGAUGUUCAUUCAGAUUCUUUGUUUGGUUUGAUGCCUGAGUUCCCGGAGAUUGAACAUGGGAAUUGGAAAACCAGUGCUACUCUUUCAGGUGACACAGUGUUGAGUUCUUCAUUUAGGCAGAGAAGAUUCGUUAGGAGAAACCAGCGGUACAGACGAUUAACUAAACCUUUGAGUUCUCUGGAAAGCUGCUUAAUGUCUCGUUUUCAUAGAGAGCAAAUGACCAUGGAAGAUUACACGACUAGUCCAUUUCCAUCGCCACACGCUUCAGUUUCAAGGCCAUUGCUCGUCACUGACGGUGCUCGAGUAAUUAGCAAGAGCACUGCAGAUUCUUUGUGGCUGAGCCAGCAAAAUAUUCACUCUGAAGAUAACGCUGCACGUAAUUGCGGAAUCCCCGGGUUCGAGUCUUUGGUUGAGAGAAAAGUGGGAAAUGAGACGACCAAGAGUAGAAAACAUGGGCUAAGUGAUGCAACGAUGUUGUUACAAAUCGGGAUCUCGAUUGGCAUAAUGUCCUCGUUCAUGGCAAGCCAAGCCGAAGUGAGCAAAGUCAAACAAGAGCUGAAGCAAACAGAGAACUUGGUACAUGAUUUAGAAGAUGAGCUCGAGAUGAAAGACUCGUUGAUAGUGAAGGAGCUAGAUAUCGAAAAGGCAGCUGAGAAUUCACAGUCUAUAAGUAAUAUAGAAGCAGAGCUUGAAGCUGAACUUGAAAGACUAGAAAUCAACAUGAACUCUUCCAACAUUGAGACAAGACUCUCUGAUAUGAUAGAGAUGGAGCCGGGUUUCGAGGUAGAAUUUGCACAGGGUGAGCUGAGAGCUGAUCCGGUUAAAGGGAAGGUUUUAGAUGAAACCGAGUCCAACCAAGAUCCAAGUGGUAACUCCACACCUGAGUCCGGAAACUAUGCUGUGUCACCUCGCGAAUUGAGCUUGCGGUUGCAUAAUGUUAUCAAUUCACGUCUUGAGAAACGGAUAACAGAGCUCGAGACGGCACUCCAAGAGAGCCGAAGGAAGGUGGAACAGCUGGUCAUGGAAUCAGAGGGCAAGAAGAAUUCAUGGUCAAGGUUAUGGGAAACCCGUGAAGUGGUGACAUAUAAGAGUGACUCGAAAGUUCCAGUUGCUACAGAACACACCAAGACUAAUCUUGCUGAGAUCCAACCCUUGGUUAUGAACUUAACAGGGGAAGCACUUGAUGCAUUCAACGACUCUUACGACGAGUUGAUGAAAAUUAACGCUGACUCUGAAGAUGAUGAUUCACCACUGGAGAUGCAAGAGAGCGGGCUUCACCAAGAAGAUUUCUCUUCAACAAAUAAGAGCUCACCUUGGAGGCAUCAUAAGGCUGAUUCCAAGGUGGAGGAGCAGGAACUGUUAGACUUUAUUGGUUUGGAAGAAGAAGACGAAGAAGAAAGCAGUGACUUUGAGAAUGAAAUGGAGAAGCAGCUGAUAAAACAGAUUGUUGAGAAAACAAAACAAGGAUCUCCUGUUGUGUUGAAUGCUCAGAAAAUGCUGUUUCUCAUGGAAGAGACAGAACAGAAUCUAUGAAAUUAGGCAACAAUAGAUUUGUCUGUUUGAU